GUCUGGUCCUCCUUCCCCAGCCCGCCGGUCGCUGUGCGCAGGCGCUCUGGGCCCGGACCUCGGCGGCGAGGUGCGCAGGCGCCCAGGGUACUGCUAACUGAAGCGGCCAUGGACGCACUCGAGUCGUUGUUGGACGAGGUGGCCCUGGAGGGGCUCGACGGCCUAUGUCUGCCCGCGCUGUGGAGUCGCCUGGAGUCCCGCUCGCCUCCCUUCCCGCUGCCGCUGGAACCGUACACGCAAGAGUUUCUGUGGCGGGCCCUAGCCACGCACCCGGGCAUCAGUUUUUACGAGGAGCCGCGAGAGCGACCCGAUCUGCAGCUCCAAGACCGAUAUGAAGAAAUUGACUUGGAAACUGGAAUUCUGGAGUCCAGGAGGGACCCAGUCACUUUGGAGGAUGUCUACCCCAUUCACAUGAUCUUAGAGAAUAAGGAUGGCAUCCAGGGCUCCUGCCGAUACUUUAAAGAGAGGAAAGACAUUACCAGUAACAUCAGGACCAAGUGUCUGCAGCCUCGUUGUACAAUGGUGGAAGCCUUCAGCAGGUGGGGUAAGAAGCUCAUCAUUGUGGCUUCCCAGGACAUGCGCUACAGGGCCUUGAUAGGCCUGGAGGGGGAUCCUGACCUGAAGCUUCCUGAUUUCUCCUACUGCAUUUUGGAGCGGUUAGGCCGGUCCAGGUGGCAAGGGGAGCUUCAGAGAGACCUCCACACCACGGCUUUCAAGGUCGACGCUGGGAAGCUUCAUUAUCACAGGAAAAUCCUCAACAAGAAUGGGCUGAUUACAAUGCAGUCACAUGUGAUCCGAUUGCCUACUGGAGCCCAGCAACACUCCAUCCUCCUGCUCCUGAACCGCUUUCAUGUGGACAGGAGGAGCAAGUAUGACAUCCUCAUGGAGAAGCUGUCCAUGAUGCUGAGCACACGAAGCAACCAGAUUGAAACUCUGGGCAAGCUGAGGGAGGAACUGGGGCUGUGUGAAAGGACAUUCAAGCGUCUGUACCAGUACAUGUUAAAUGCUGGGCUAGCCAAGGUGGUGUCCCUUCCCUUGCAGGAGAUUCACCCUGAGUGUGGUCCCUGUAAGACCAAGAAAGGUAAGAACAGAGCCUGUUUCUACCUGGGUUUCCCUGCUGUUCUCUACUUUGGUGACCUUCUGCCUCGGAGUGUGAAGGUUUCACUCCUUAUUCAGUCCUUUAGUGCUCAGUACCUUCGUCUAGGACCUGAGACAUGUUCACUGAACCAUAGCAGCCCUGCAUUCUAG